UUUGCGGCUCCUUAUGGAUUCAACUCUUCAUCUUGUUGUUCAUAAUAGUGAACAAAGUUUCCACCUUUUGUUUGUAAAACUUGACAUUAACAAGUUUUGGAACUAAUCUUGAGAUAUGCCUUCAAUGGCUGCUAACAAUUUUUCAAGAAACACUCAUCAAAAUCAAACAAAAGGGGACUUUGUUUCCAGGAAGCAAAAGAUUGAGCAACAGAGAAAAAAUUUACCAAUUGCUGCAGUUGAAAGGAGACUAGUGGAGGAGGUGCGGAACAAUGACACUCUGAUAAUUGUUGGAGAAACUGGAAGUGGAAAGACAACUCAAAUACCUCAGUAUCUUUACAAAUGGGGAUUUUGCCGUGAUGGUGGUAUCAUUGGGAUAACUCAACCUAGACGUGUGGCUGCUAUCACUGUUGCUAAACGUGUUGCUGAGGAAUGUGGCGUUCCAUUGGGUCAAAAGGUUGGAUACGCUAUUAGAUUUGAAGAUGUAACUUCUGGCCAAACAAAGAUCAAAUAUAUGACAGAUGGUUUGCUUCUGAGGGAAGCAUUAUUGGAUCCAUACCUCUCCAAGUAUUCUGUUAUUAUUGUUGAUGAGGCGCACGAGCGGACUAUCCACACUGAUGUAUUGCUUGGACUGUUAAAGAAUGUACAGAAAGCAAGGUCAAAAUCUAUCAACGGAGUGGUAAAUACUGAUCAUAAUAAUUCUAAUAUCGGGCAUGCCCUGGAGGAAAGGAUUGACAAUCAGAAUGACGGUAUUUUGAAGUCAUGUCAAGUGAAAAAGCACAACCCAUUGAAAUUGAUCAUCAUGUCCGCCAGUAUGGAUGCACGAGUUUUCUCAGAGUACUUUGGUGGUGCAAAAGCUGUUCAUGUUCAGGGACGGCAGUUUCCUGUCGAUAUAUUCUACACCCAUAAGCCUGAGACAGAUUGCAUAGAUGCAGCUUUGAUUACUAUAUUUCAGAUACAUCUAGAGGAGGGACCUGGUGAUGUGCUUGUAUUCCUUACUGGUCAAGAGGAGAUUGAAUCCGUUGAGAGGCUUAUCCAUGAACGUCUCCGACAAUUACCCGAAUGCAGUAGGAAACUCUUAACUUUUCCCAUAUUCUCAUCACUUCCCUCUGAGAAGCAAAUGAGGGUUUUCAUGCCUUCACCAGCUGGAUAUCGUAAGGUGAUACUAGCAACAAAUAUUGCUGAGACGUCGGUGACAAUACCUGGAAUUAGGUAUGUUGUGGAUCCUGGACUGGUGAAAGCCCGAACAUAUGAUCCUAAGAUGGGAGUUGAUUCAUUGAUCAUUGUCACAACAUCUAAAGCUCAAGCUCUUCAAAGGAGUGGACGUGCAGGACGUGAUGGACCUGGGAAAUGCUAUCGUUUAUAUCAAGAAAGUUUCUUUGAGAAACUUACAGAUUCUACAUUACCCGAGAUUAAGAGAUGUGACCUCUCGAAUGUUGUAUUGCAGCUCAAGGCUCUAGGCAUUGAUGAUGUCAUCAACUUUGACUUCAUUGAAAAACCAGACAGGACUGCUGUAGUCAACUCAUUGUGGUCUCUUUACUUAUUGGGUGCCGUAACAGAAGAUAAUAAACUUUCAGAUGUUGGACGUCAAAUGGCCAGGCUACCCCUUGAUCCAGUCUAUUCUAAGGCUCUCAUUAUUGCUAGCCAAUUUGGCUGCUUGAAAGAAAUGUUGAUCUGUGUUGCAAUGCUUUCAGUGGAAUCUAUUUUCUAUGCACCACGUGAGAAGUUGGAAGAGUCACGAAACGCAUUGAAAAGCUUUGCAAGUCCAGAGGGGGAUCAUCUGACAUUGCUUAAUGUAUACCGUGCUGCUGAUGAGUUCUUUCAAAAGAACAAGAUGGUACACAGUGAAGAAAAAGCUGAAAAGAAUCUUAGAAAAUGGUGCAAGGAUAAUUAUAUUAACAGUCGCUCUCUAAAACAUGCUCGUGAUAUCCACAGUCAAAUUGUGAGGAAUGUUGAACAAAUGGGUCUUCGCGUCACUUCUUGUGAAGAUGAUACACUUCUCCUCCGCAGAUGCCUUGCUGCCUCGUUUUUUCUUAAAGCAGCUAUGAAACAGCCUGAUGGUGCAUACAGGGUGACGUUAAGUGGUUUGAUUGUGCAAAUACACCCGUCUUCUGUCCUGUUCCGAGCCAAGCCAGAGUGUAUAGUUUUCAAUGAACUGGUUCAUACUAACCAUAGUUAUGUCCGUAAUGUCUCUAGAAUCGAUUACUUGUGGCUCGUUGAGUUGGCACCCCACUUGUAUGCUGUGCAAGACUAAAUGUGUUCAUUAUUUAUUAUCGGUAAGAGAUCCCUUCCUUCAACAACACCAUAUCCAAUGUAAUUCCACAAGUGGAAUUUGGAGAGGGUCAGAUGUACGCAGACCUUAUCCCCAUUACCUUUGUGUGGGGGCUAAAGAGGUUGUUUCUGACCCUCUGCUCAAAAGGAAUGUCAUCAAUUUUGCUUUUUGUGGUUUUAUCAAUUAGUUUUCAAACAUUUGUAUGUUGUGAAAUCGUCUUUGUUGUAAAUAUAUACAUACAAAUGUUACCCAA